CCCCAGCCCCUCAUUUAACCCUCUUCUUCCUCCUCCUCCUCCUCCUAGACAGAAGCUGCUACUUUUUGCUGCACUUUUCAGCCCUUAAAAAAAAAAAAGUGAGUUGGGGGUGGUGUUUUUUUUUCUUUCCCCCCCCCCCCUAUAAAAAGUGGGGGUUUGGCUUCUUUUUUUUCUGGCCCCCUCUCCUAAAGGUGCAAGGUGUGUUUCCCCCAAAGUGGGGUGGGGGGCUGUUCAAAAGGGGGCACCCUCCCUGCCCACCCCACACUUUCCCCACUUCCUUGACAGUCCAAGAAGGAGAGAGAGAAAGAGGGAGGAAGAAAAGGCCCUGCUUUCCUUCCCUCUAACAAGGCCCAUAGGAAACAGUCCUUAAAAAGUGCGGGUGGGCCGGAAUUGAGCUCGGGGGAGACAGUAAUACCCCGUGUAAACCCGUAGAAGGUUUUCUGGCGCCUUGAAAAAAGGAGGCCGUAGUUCCAGCCUUGCAGGCGGUGGGGCCUUGGGAGGCAUCUCCCAAGGGUGGGGAGUUGACUCCACAAAGAGUUUCUGAGUAGGGUUUUCCUGUCAUCCCAUGGGGUAGUAAGGGUAGAAGGAGGCCAGCAGCCCCCUUCCUCCCUGCCCCCCCAUUUCUCUCUUUCUGUGGAUGAGAAUUGUGACUCCGCUGCUGCUUACCCUCUUCUUCGUCUGGAGUAUCUUAAUGACUUGAGAAGAGUUCUGGAGCUCUGAUGACUGGACCCGAGGUUUGGAAAUAACCUGAAGCAGAUGUGUCCGUGUCUGACAGUUACCAUCUUGUGCUAGUCGCCUCUGAGAUGUGUGUUCCUGAGAUCUGAGGCGGCAGCAGGCUUUUCAAAGGAUUGAAUCAUGCAUCUGAAGGCCUUCUCUGUUUUUUCCUGGAGGAUUUUGGCCAGAAAGGGCUCCUUGUGGGUUUCCCUGAGCGUGCUCUGAUAUGGAUCUUUUGGACGAUUGGGAAGAACAACAUUGCUGACGUUUUUAAGAGAAUCUUUUUGGAGUAAAGCUGGAUCCGGAACUUGGGUGUGUGUGUGUAUGGGGAAUUGACAAUAACAUACUUGAAAUAACUAGUAUGAUGCAGAUUGGCUAAAAACCCGUCUCCUUGCCAAGGGCUCCAAUGAGUAGCACACAGCCCACAAUCACGGACAGGUUUCCCCUUAAAAAACCUACAAGGCAUGGCAGCAUUCUGAGCAGAGAGUCUCCAGCAGACAAGAAGCAGAAAGUUGAGCGCUGCAUCAGUGCCCACGACUUCGACCCUACAGAUAGCUCCUCCAGGAAGACAAAGUAUAGCUCAGAGGAGAGUAGAUCCGAGACAUAUGGUCUUGUUCAACGUUGUGUUAUUAUCCAGCGGGAUGAAAAUGGAUUUGGGUUGACAGUCAGUGGAGACAAUCCAGUGUUUGUGCAAUCCGUCAAAGAAGAUGGAGCAGCCAUGCGGGCUGGGGUUCAAACUGGUGACCGAAUCAUUAAGGUGAAUGGGACUCUGGUAACACAUUCAAACCAUUUAGAGGUGGUGAAGCUGAUAAAGUCGGGUUCCUAUGUAGCGCUCACUGUGCAAGGGCGCCCACCUGGGUCGCCCCAGAUCCCACUGGCUGAUUCUGAGGUGGAUCCAGCAGCGUUUGGGCAUAUGUCUCCCAUCAUGACAUCUCCUCACUCACCUGGAGCAUCUGGAAACACGGAGAGAAUUACCAGCCCUGUGCUGAUGGGGGAGGAAAAUAAUAUUGUUCACAGCCAGAAAGUGGAGAUUUUGAGGAAGAUGCUGCAGAAAGAACAGGAGCGCCUGCAGUCCUUGCAAGAAGAUUACAACCGUGCUCCUUCUCCCCGACUGCUCAAGGAGAUCCAGGAAGCCAAGAAGCACAUCCCUCAGCUGCAGGAGCAGUUGUCCAAAGCAACAGGCUCCACUCAGGACGGAGUUUUGUCUUCCAAGUCUGUGAUGGAGUCUCUGCAGAUCAGUGAGGUAGAAGCUGAGAGGGGGGAUGCGCUGAACAAAGGCGACUGCGGUUUUGGUGACAGCUCGCAGGCAAAUAGUGACACAGCUGAGAGUCCCCGGAGUGGCCUGAAGGAGCGAGUCUACCUGGAUGAGAGCCCAGAGAAGAGUGAGAAUCAAGAUACGGACUCUCAGUCCAGUAUUGGAAGUCCCUCGUCUCGUACAGCACCUCCAAUCAUAGGAGCGGAAGAUGAUGACUUUUAUGGUGAACAGGAGCAGAUCAACGGGCAGUGUAGCAGCUGUUUCCAAAAUAUAGAGGUGCUGAAAUCCCGUCCAGCUCACCUGGCUGUCUUUCUCCAUCAUGUUGUGUCUCAGUUUGACCCGGCUUCAUUGCUUUGCUAUCUUUUUGCGGACCUGUACAAACAAACAAACUCCAAAGAGACUCGUCGUGUCUUCACUGAGUUCAAUCAGUUCUUCUUGGAUCGAGCUGCAAAUCUGAAAGUCCCAAUUCCAGAUGACAUUUCUUUAGAUAUAGAAAAGAGAAGGCUAGAUUUGAUUCCUGAAGAACUGCAACGCCAUUAUAUUCAAGCUAUGCAAGAGAAAGUGUUUCCAGAAGUCCAGAGGCACCUUGAAGAUUUUAGACAGAAACGCAGCAUGGGGCUGACCCUGGCAGAAGGGGAAUUGACAAGGCUGGACGCAGAACGCUUUCGUGACCGGACCACGCUGGAGAAAGAGAGAGCAUGUGCAGAGCAGAUCAUUACCAAAAUCGAAGAAGUGCUGAUGACGUCUCAGCCCUUAGAAGAGGAGAAGAGUUCAACCAUACAAUACGUUAUUCUCACCUACAUGAAACACCUUGGUGUGAGAGUCAAAGAGCCCCGGAGUCUAGAUCAGAAGCGAGGGCGGAUUGGAUUCCUGCCAAAGAUAAAGCAAAGUAUAAAGAAAGAGAAGGAAGGAGAUGAAAAGAAGAGGAGAGUUUUCCCCAAUAUCCUGGGACCCCCAAGGAGACCAAGCCGCCAUGACAGCUAUGCAAUAGGCAAAGCCAUGGAAUUACAAAAGCAACGCCAUCUGAAGCACGUGUCCCCACCUUCUUCUGUCAGUCCGGAGCCACCGGAAUCUGUCAAGAUGCGCCUCAGCGGGUCCAGUGAUGGCACGGAUGCAGCCUACCCAUCUGCCAGCCUCAUGUCUCCGCUAGCUGCUGGAAUCUUUUCUUCCCAAGAAGGGAGCAAGGACAGCGAAUCAGGGCCAAAGCAAGUUGGAGAAACUCUUUCUUCUAGUGACUCUAUGGAUGGUACACCUCGUACAUCUAACACCAUCUUUGAUUUCCCAUCUCCUCCGCUGGACCAUUUGCAGGAAGAGGAAGGAGAGUUUGACAGAUUAACAGAAUCAGGAACACCAAAACCUUUCCGCAAGAUUGACAGUGUGGGUGCUGGGGACAACCAGAGUGAAGAUGAGCUCUUUGAUUUUGACAUGGAGACAGACCCACCCAACUGGCAGCAGCUUGUGAGCCGUGACGUGCUGCUUGGCCUGAAGCCCUCUGAGAUUAAACGCCAGGAAGUGAUUAAUGAGUUAUUUUAUACCGAGCGUGCUCAUGUCCGUACACUGAAGGUUCUGGAUCAGGUCUUCUAUCAGCGUGUGUCCCGCGAAGCGAUCUUGCCUCACGCAGACCUGCGGAAAAUAUUUUCAAAUCUAGAGGAUAUACUUCAGCUCCAUGCUGGAAUGAAUGAGCAGAUGAAAGCAGUGAGGAAAAGGAACGAGACUUCUGUUAUUGAUCAAAUUGGAGAGGACUUGCUAACUUGGUUCAGCGGAGCUGGGGAGGAGAAACUGAAACAAGCCACUGCCACCUUCUGUAGCAACCAGCCCUUUGCUCUGGAGGUGAUCAAGUCUCGGCAAAAGAAGGACUCUCGCUUUCAGACUUUCGUCCAGGAUGCUGAGAGCAAUCCGCUCUGUCGCCGACUGCAACUGAAAGAUAUAAUUCCCACUGAGAUGCAGAGGCUGACCAAAUACCCCCUCCUGCUGGAUAAUAUCGCUAAGUACUCAGAACAAUCUGAGGAGAAGGAGAAAGUGAAGAAAGCAGCGGAUCAUUGUCGGCAGAUCCUCAACUUUGUGAACCAAGCUGUCAAAGAAGCAGAGAACAAGCAGCAUUUGGAAGACUACCAGCGUCGGCUUGAUUUGUCCUACUUGAAGCAAUUGGAGGGACCUAUGCUGGAUGAAUUGAGGAAUUUGGAUUUAACCAAGAAGAAGAUGAUUCAUGAAGGGCCUCUGACCUGGAAGGUGAAUCGUGACAAGACAAUCGAUCUCUACACACUGCUUUUGGAGGAUAUUCUGGUACUGUUGCAGAAGCAGGAUGAUAGACUGGUGUUGCGAUGUCACAGCAAGAUCCUGGCCAAUGCUGCCGACAGCAAGCACACAUUCAGCCCAGUCAUCAAACUGAAUACUGUGUUGGUUCGCCAGGUGGCCACAGAUAACAAAGCAUUCUUCGUCAUCUCCAUGUCAGAAAACGGAGCCCAGAUUUAUGAACUGGUGGCACAUACGGUUUCUGAAAAGACUGUGUGGCAAGACCUCAUCGCACGAAUGGCAGGAACAGUGAAAGUUGGCAGACGUUUCUUUCCAUUCCCUUCGUCGGGACCCCGCGAGGAGGACCACGAGGAGGAAGACCAGCAGAAAGGGAAGGAAGAGCAAGCUACUCCUGACAGCAGCAUGCAGAGCCCAGAUAAAGACGUGGGAUCAGAGUCUCCUCCGAUGCAGAAGGCUCAGUCUCCUUUGACAGCCAUGUCUGAAAAACUGGAGGAAGAGGAGCCCCUGGAAGCCAACAGGCAGUUCGGAGAAAAACCUCCAGCAGACUUGCUGAUCAAAGAAUCUUCUGAGCACUGUUGCCACACAAGCCCAGAGCCCCCGUUCCAAAUCUCAGAAGAUCGAUGGGCAUUGGAUGCACUAAGGAACUUGGGCUUAUUGAAGAAGUUGCUGAUGCAGCAGCUGGGCAUGUCUGAACAGAAAUCCCUUGAAGACUGGCAGCAUUUUUCCAGACAUAGGACAGUUCCCCAGGGGACGCAAGUGGGGAGUGGUGUCCAGCGAGGACUGCAACACUCAGACAAUGACCAGACAUCCGUGUCUGGGACCAGUAGGACACUCUCUGGCACGGGCACAAGUAAUUUUGGACCUAAUUGUGGUCACCGGACUUCAGGUGAAUUUGUGCAGCCAGGUGACACCACGUCAAGUAGCAGUCACUUAACGGACCCCUUGAGCACAAACCCAGACACCCCAACCACUGAGCUGGAAGGGAUGGGUACUGAGGAUGGGGGAGAGCACUUCUUUGAUGCCCGUGAAGCCCACAGCGAUGAGAACCAAUCAGAAGGUGAAGUGGCAGAAAGGAAAGAGGUAGAAGAGGUGCAGUUGCGGAUCUCAGGAAAUUAUUUGAUCCUUGAUGGAUAUGGCACAGUACAGGAAAGUUCUACCGAUGAGGAGGUAAAUUCACUGGUUCUACAAUGCACUGCAGGCAACAGCAAAAUGGACUCUGCCCACCAACCGCCAACCUCGCUGCAGGACGCCCAGACAGACAGAGCAGACUUGCCAUUUGCAGAGGAAUUAAUGGCCUCCCACUGGGAAGCUGCUAAGGAACCCUGCUCAGAUGUACUAAGACCUCCGUUCUCUGUAGAAUCACGUACCCUGAUAAUGCAUUACAUCCAGGAGAUAGAGGCCAACCUUGAACACUUAAAGGAGGUGGAGGAGAACUACGCUACUCUUCUUCAGCAAAGGCUGGCUGGAUCAUUCCCCACAGACGAGCACUCAGAUAAAAGUUAGUCCUGCUUCCUGUAAGUGGCUGAAGACUGCACAGAAGCAGCAACCUUACAUCAGUGCCUCCUGCUGUCUUCCGCCUGGACUUUUGUGGCACAAGGCCUCUGCGUGGACCAUCCAAGUGCUAACGGUGUCCCAGCAGAGCGGAGGGGUGGGCAGUUAUCUUCCCAGCCGCUGCACUAGCCUGUCAGGGAGGGGUGGCGAUUUUGAUGGCCUCCUCUUUCGACCUGAAAUUCUUUUUGAUUCCGAACAGAGGAAAAAGAGGAACAGAAAGAAGAAACCAAAUGUAAAAAGCUUUGGGUGUAGGAUAUAAAAAUGUAUUUAGACAUUAAAAAAAAAUCAAUGUAUUUAUUUGACUUCAUUCCGUGUACUGAAAGCACACUUUAAUUUGUAUUUUAUUUUGCUUAAAAAAGAAAAGUAUAGUGCCAGUUUGUGGGCCCCCAGCCUCCCUUUGCUCCUGAACUCAUUCAGGGCUGAAAUGCAUGUCAGGGUUGAGAGUAUGUUGAUUUUUUUUUUUUGCUGGAUUGGAUUCUACCAGCAACCUGUUCACCUCUGAAAAGAGCUGUUACUUCCAGCAGUGUGUGAACAGGCCUUCCUCUUGUGCAGUGACAACUCGCCAUGCUCUGUGUAGCCAAAGCACUUGCAAGUUGGCAAACAAGUUCCCCUUUCAGACCUCCUUCACUGACACAUGAGUGUUGGACAAGGAGAGGAAAGGGGUGGGAUAUUUCAUUCUCCCCCCCCCCCCCCAGCUCUGGUUUGACCUUGAUCUUGGAUUUUCCUUUCGGAAGAAGCAACUUUUCAUUCACGUCUUUUGGGGGAGGAUGGGGGAACAAUUUUCCAGACCUGGGCAAUCAUGUCAAGAAUAUUUCAGAGCCAUGGUGUGUCUGCUGCUUCACUCCUGGAGUGAGCAGUGGCUGCCCCUGGAGUUAGCCAUUGCUACUUCUGAAUAUAUAGGGCCAGGGAUCUUCAGUACCUAGAGGCAUGCCUCACUGACUAUUUUGUGUGUGUGCAGAGGGGGAACAAGGUUUGCUUUGGGGUGAUACUGAUUUGCACUGUUUGCGCCAAAGUGCUCUGAAACCACAUUGAUAGCAUAGAAACAUCCAAGGUAGAAAAAACAACAACCCACGGAAUAGCUGAGAGGAGGUUCUGCAUUAUUUUCCUAACUGUAUUCUGACACCCUGGUGUUUCAAACUGAAUCCGGUCUGAAAGUGGAAAUUGAAAUCUCAGAGCACAGAUGUAAAAACACUGGACGCUCCAUACUAGGGCAAGUGGUAGCCCCAUGAGAGAGACAGUUCAAGAGGCAGCUUCCUGCUUUAGAACACUCAUUGCAAGUGGCAACUGGACACUGCUGAUGCCUUUGUUCUGCACCAAGCACCCAAAUUUUGGGCUGUCUUUUUUGCAUGUUUUGACCAGCCAGAUCUAAAAGUGCCAAACCGUAGAAAUCCCCCCCUUUUUUUAAACGACUAUUAUUUUUAGUCGUGCUGUAUGCGCUGCAAAGUGUGGAGAAUCGUUCUCUUUUUUCCUUCUUCCAGCGUGAAGGUCAUGCUGCCGGCUCCAUUAACACAAAAACAUUUUCCCUGUAGCUAUAAUGGCCAAGAAUAAAAACAGUUGUUUCUCAGUCAUGCGAAACACCAACCUCUCUAUCCCCUCCCAGGAAGAAAGCUGUACUAGAAUGGACAGACUGAGCUGGGUUAUUAUUACUUUUAUCUUCAUCCCACCCCUGAACUUUUAAAUCCAUGAACUGAUGCAUUUUGAAAUUCAGAGAGAUUUUCCAGAAUCUAGAUAUGCUGGUCUUCAUCCUUCUUCAGUGGCAGGAAGUCCCUCCAAGUCAAAAGCUCAAGAUCCCUGUUCUCGGUGCCAAUCUGAGCUUGGCAAGAUUCUGCUAGUUCCCAUUUCUAAACUUUUUCAAGUAAGGAACCCCAAAAUUUUAGCUGUUUUCCACAUUAAACUUACUUUGCCUUGGGAAAGCAUGUGCCUGUGUUGGUAAGGUAAACAUGACCUUUAGUAUCCAUUUCUUACUUUAGGUGGCUUUUUUCUGGCUUCCUAAUGGUGAUGUCAUACUAGUGGAAGUUUAGCCUCCCUUGCCACAAGCAUAGGUGUGCAUGUCUGGAGCUCUCAAAUCACACUCAAAUCCUAGAUCUCUCCCUAGCAUGAGUAGUUUUUAAGGAGUCUCAAUUUCCUUUUCAGAUCAUUGCUGCCAGUCCCUUUGCUGCUUUUGGGGGCAGGAGUCCCAAGACCCUUGUUUGUUCUAGUACCUUUGCUAUAAAUUUCACUGCAGAACAGCAGAGGGUGCAAAGACAGGUGUUCCUUCAGCAUCCUUAAAAGAUGUCUGGGGGGGGUCAGGAUGCAGCAUCUUUUGUGAGAAUCAACCUCAAAAGCAGGGCAGCAGAAGGUCAGAAGGCUUUUUGGUCCUCCAGGGUGGGCAUAACCACCUUUUUAUUUUCUUCUGGGAAGUGAAAUGAGUGCUGUGCUCUUGUCCAGUUGGUGAAUUUGUUUUGUUUUCGUGUGUUUUUUUAGGCUUGUCUAUGCCAUAUAUUAUGCAAUCUCCUGUUAAGGGCAUUAUUCUGCUAUAAGAAAGAGAAGGUGGUGAGAAAUGGGGAUUGCUGAGUGCUCCCAACACCGUGACCUAAAAUCACUGGGGACGUCUUAACUCCCUGGUGCAUCUACUGUACAACAGGCCCAAGGCACAGGUCCUUUUUUGUGACGAGGGUCAACACUAAAAUGCACUUUGUGGGGCUCCCAUUGGUUGGGGUUGUAUUUUUAAUGUACUAGAAUAGCCAUGAGGAAUUCCAGCCAAAGAGUCCUUUCCUGUCCUUCACUACUGGCUGUGAACAUUCCCUUCUUUGGACUGGACAGUAGGAUGGAGGAAUUCUCCCUCCCCCUUAUCCUCUUCCUUCCUCCCCCAGAUGAAAAUAUAGGUAAUGAAAGACUUUAUCAACGGGACAAUAUCAGUAUGUGGGCUUUUUUUCUACAGUAUUACUUAGGAAAUCUUAGUUUGUUUUUAAUCUGGAUUUGUGGAAUCAGUUUAUUGGGGGGAGUUAGGUUCAAAAGUCAAGUCCUGAAUCCCAGGUGACAGCUUCCUUUGCAGCCUACUUGUAUGUCUUUUGGGUAGAAUGAGCUGGUGAAAUACUGAGGUUGGCAAAGAAGUCUCUUUGUAGUGUUUCUCCCCCCCCUCCCCUUUCUCUUCAGGGUUGUCUGGGACCACAAACAAAGAAACGUUACUAGCCUUCCUCAACUUGGGGCGCUCCAGAUGUGUUGGACUGCAUCUCCCAUUCUGGGAGUUGUAGUCCAACACAUCUGGAGCGUCCCAGGUUGAGGAAGACUACGUUAGACAAAGAUUGUGAUUUUCUUCAUAGGGGACUCCAACUUUAAUGAGAACAAUGAGGGCCAAAGCAACCUUUCUCUAUUUGCAGCACUAUUGCUUUUUAUCUGCAAAUGACUCAUUUGUUUUGAUUUCUACUAGUGAUAUUUUUGCUCGAACUAAAUCAGUUCUGAACAGCUGCAUCUCAGGGCCUGCCAGGCUGCAGAUGGAGGGUGAGCAAGGUUGAUCAUGUUUUGGAAUGCUCCCCCCCCCCCCCAGAUCUGCCCAUGCCUGCACCUUGCAGAGAUAGUUUUGUGCUUGUGCAAAUGCAGAUCUGUGUUUUACACGGGGCCAUUCAAAAAUAUGACCCCCACCAUACCUUGCAGUUCACUUGUAACGGUAGAGGCCAUUCCACCAUUUCAGGACUCUAUCACCUCAUCCUCACCGUGUUUUGCUGCAUGUGUUGAUCAGAUUUCAACUCUAAAACACUGAAGGAAGAGGAGUGGUGGAAAACAGUACUUAGGUUUUCUGAACAUAAUUUUUGGCACAACAAUCCUGGGCCAGUUGCCUGUUUUGCCUGUGCCACCGAGCGCUAAUCUUCUCUUCCCCAUUUGGACUAGCAGGAACGACGGUGGGUGGAAUCCACACAGGUCCCAUGUCGCUUGCAGAUGUUAGGUGUACUGGAUUGGUUUGCCAUAUUCCUGGGGGAAAGCCCUGGUGGCUCCCCAAGGCAGACUUCCCUAAUCUGGUGCCUUCCAGAUGUGCUGGAUUGCAACUCUGAUUAUCUCUCAAUCACUUAUGCUGGUUGGGAUUAGGGAGAACGGUCCAACGUAUCUGGAGGAAGCCAGGCUGGAGAAGACUGUCCCAAGGAAAGGGGACCAUAAACCAAAAUUUGAGGAAAAAAUGUGCAUUUGCUCAGAUGUCCCCUGCGUCUUCUGCUCUGCCCUGUUUUCAUACGAGUAAAUGUUCCAACAUCUUUAAAAGCUAUUCUCCUUUUCUGUAGAAGAUUACUGUGUUUUGUUUGUGCUCUUUCCCCCAUCUAGACUACCAAUACUGCUUGACAGGCAUAUUUGAUGGGUAAAUUUUACCCCUCUCUGCCCCAUUCCAAAGAGAUCUCUUCCUCCCCCCUUUCACAUCCAACCCACGUGCCAACUGAUAAGCAGAUGUUCUCCAAAAGGGAUGCUGCAGCCAGGACACUAUUUGCUCUUAAGAAAAAGGAAAAAAAAGAAUUGUUUGAAACUCUCUAACUAACUAGAAAUGCGUUUUUAUUUGCUCACCAUACAAUCAUUUACUCCUUUUAACAGAUUUUACUUUUAAAGAAAACAAAAACAGCUCAACCUGGAAAUAUUAUUUGAAAAGCAAAAGGCAAACAAAAAAAUGCCUUCAUAUUAAUUAUCUUGUAUUUUUAACUGAUCAUGUUUGAAUGUCUAAGAAAAAAAAGAAUUUAUUGUUCUAAUUAUCCAGAUGUAUGUAUGUUUGUAAAAUAGCUCUUAUUAAUUAGUUGAUAAGAUUGUAUGUUUUUGGAACAAAUUAUUGGUCAUUUGAGGGGGGAAGCAUUUUGUUGGGUUUUUCUUUUCGUUGGAAUCUGGGAAAUAGAAAAUUAAAGCAUUCAAAUAUCAGUAAAUAAGCUUAAAGGAA